UCCAGCGAGUUCACUCGAGUUGUACCGGGGGUUGCCCGAGUGAGUCAGGGCCUUAGUUGACGCUGCAGGGUUCCGGUCGUUCAUUCUUACUCUGACGGCCGUGAAGAGCGAUCACGCUCUGCUGACAGCGCUGGCCGAGAGGUGGUGGGAUUCUUCGAACACCUUCCACUUGCCGAUUAGGGAGAUGACGGUGACUCCGUCUGACUUUGCAGCGCUCACUGGUUUGAGGGUAGGAAGAGAGCCUAUCCCGUUCGAUUCGGAGAUUUACAGGGAUCCCAGGGCUCUGGAGUGGUUCCUAGGGCAGGCGCCAGCGGGCGAGGCAGAGACCGUUCACUAUGACCAGUUCAGACGGUACUUGCACGGGAGGGAGCCAGACUCGGAGUUGGAGGCGGAGCAGAUGGCGAGGGCCUACUUGCUGUACUUGUUUGGGGCUACACUGUACCCGAACAAACGGUCCACGGUGCACCUGUCCUAUUUGCCGGCCCUCUAUGACUUGAGCACAGCUUCGAGGUUUGACUGGGGAGGAGCAGCUCUGGGCACCUACUAUGGCUUCAUGGGAGAGUUCUCGCGUGGGAAGAAGGCGACGGCCGGCUACUGGAGGGUGUGGAAGCUGUGGGCCUACGAGGUGCUGAAGAUGUACCCGCCAGAGAACAAGUGCCCAAACCUGAGGAUGCUCCCUCGUGCCAUGAUCUGGGGUCCCAUGUAUAGUGGCAAGAAGAAGUUGAGAGGGAGCCUCUUAGCCGUUCGGACGUACCUCGACGAGCUGUCUGGCACCCAGGUAUGCAACAUGUCAAAUUGGUUAUUCUGCCCUUAGAAUUGCUUUAAUGCUGUCGCUGAUGCCCUAUAAUCUGUGCCAUUGUCUUGCAGGUAGAGUGGAACCCAUGGAGCAGCGCCGAGCC